UCUACAGUGUCCGUAAAAUUUGAUGUGCCUGGAGAGAAGUUGAGAUCGAGGAAAUAUCAUCUGAUGGUGCAAGUUGAAAACGAUGAAAAAUUCGAGAGCAUCAUUGCCGGAAGACCUGAUGUACGAACGAUUCGUGUAAUAACAGAUAAAGCGGUUUAUCGACCUUCCGAAAUAGUACUUCUGUAUCCUAUUCAGAAUCCGGAUGGUUUUGAACUGACCAAAAAAUCGAGGCAUGCUAAAGGUCGUUUCAUUACAACUGAAUUCCAACUUCCUGAGCACUUAAAUUUCGGCGAAUGGGAAAUCGUUGCGAGAGCUUUGGAAGAUUUACCACAAAAUUCUUUCAGUGCUUCCUUCGACGUGCAAGAUUACGAUGCUUCUGAUGGAUCAAUUCUGAAGUUGAGUUCCAAGGUCAACAUUCCGAACGGUUCUGCGAUUAGUAGUGCUCAGUGCAAUGAGGAAAUAACCGAGAAAGAUAAGCCUUCAGUGGCGAAAUAUAUAAGUGAAGCAGGUUGA